AUGGUACCCGAACUCAGAGGGAACACAGCAGAAGCUCUUACGAGCCUUCCAACCAAGUUACUUGCGAGGAUUGUAUCUUAUCUACCCAACCGUGAUAUAAAGUCUUUACGCCUGACAUCCCAGCUUCUGCACGAAUUCGCACACUUACGUAUUGAACGUGUCUUCUUAUCCGCUGACCAACGUAACCUUGAUGUCUUCCGUGCGGUUGCCGACCACGAAGUCUAUCGCCGGCACAUCAAAAAGAUCAUCUGGGAUGACACGCGGCUGUUACUCCCACCCCAGUUCUCGGUGCUAGACUGCGGGCGAAAUCUACGAGAGCAAGGCCCUUGCGCAGGAGCUGAACUCUGGUACAUCAAUGCUUGCCGAGAAAAUAUUGCAGAUUUGCGGAGGUACCAGACCGACUAUACGGGGUUAGCGGAUUGCAUAGAGCGGGCCGAGCAAGAUGUUGCUUCCACGGUAUGGCUGAAAGAAUCCUUUGCUCUCUAUGAUAGAUUGAGUAGGAAACAGGAAGAGAACAUUCGCACUAACGCCGACGUGGAAGCCUUUGAGUAUGGGCUGAAGCAAUUUCCAGCCCUGAAAAGAGUCACAGUUACACCUGUUAUCCAUGCACGGAUCUUCCACCCUCUUUAUCAGACACCCAUGAUUCGCACGUUCCCAACCGGGUUUAAUUAUCCUGUCCCGUGCGGAUGGCCGACACACAAGGAGAAUCAGCCAGCCAUUUCUCUGUGGACCGAUUUGCACGAGCACUGGAAGGAUAGAUGGCGUGGAGUUCAGGGUGCACUGCAUGUGCUGGCAAGAGAUAGAGAGCAUCACAACAUCUCUGAGCUCGUUUUUGAUGUGAACCAGCUGAACACAGGGAUCAAUUGCACGAUCUUUGAACAACCCUGUGAGGAGCUUUUUAACUUCUUAUUUAUCCUUAAGCAGCCAGGCUUCAAGCGACUUGAUCUUGCUAUUAUAUGCUCCAAUCAAUGUGAACGUGGAUGGCCUAUUUUCUCCAAUGGGAAUUUGCGAGACGUGUUGAGAGUUGCGGUAGAUUUAGAACACUUCAGCUUCAAAGCCAAUGUGUCUGCGCUGCAGCGAAAUUCGUCUAGCGAUAUUCACUUUUCGAAUAUUCGACUUGAUACCGUUUUUCCUGUCGCCAACUGGCAGAAACUCCGCCACUUUGGACUCUCAGGCUUGUCAGUCCAUACUACUGGCAUGGUCAGGCUUCUGGAUCGACUGCCACUCAUCACUAGCUCAGUAGAACUGAGCUUUCUGAGUUUUUCGGAGCCUGAUGUUGACAAUUGGUCAAUUCUGAUCGAAGGAAUCCGGAACCGUACACGGUGGAGAUAUCGAAGUACUAGUAAAAGGCCUAAGCUUGUUGUGGGUGUGGAUGUAGUGUGGAAUAGACGGCCUGGCUUAGGGACCUGGAUUGAAAAGGAAGUAUACGAGUUUUUGUAUGGAAAUGGGCUAAAUCCAUUUGACGAACAUGGUAUUGUCAGGCCGGGCGUGGGAAUUGAGCGGGAUUCGUUUAACCCUGACUAUGAGCGGCCUCAUGUUCAUCCCGAAUGUUGA